AUGAAGUCCCGAGCACAUUUCAAAGGAAUCCGUUACAAUAUUAUGACAACUAACAAUGCGGAAUCUUUGAACUCGUUAUUUAAGAAUGCUUGGGAGUUUCCAGUACUUGCUAUGGUUGAGCAAAUAAGAAAAACUUUACAGAAAUGGUUCUAUGAGAUACACAUUGAGGUUGAAAAAGGUACAACUACUCUAACCCCACCCAUUGAGGAUAAAAUGCAUAAAAAGUAUGAUGAUGCAAAGGGACUAAUAGUGGUACCAAUAAAUGUGUAUGAGUUGCUCGUUGGUGUUGAAAAUGAAAUGUAUAUCGUUAACUUGGAGGCAAGAACCUGUAAUUGUAGGGAAUAUAAUUUGGAAAAACUUCCUUGCACAUAUGCACUUCUAGCAACAAAAUUUAAGGGAAUAUCUUUUUACAGUUUAUGCUCACCUUAUUAUACCAGUACUAGUUGGAAACAAGCAUACGCUGAAUGUAUAUAUCCUUUGGACGUGUAUGAUGUUUCAAACACUGUUGUGCUAGUUUUUGGAGUGAAACCGUUACCUCCUGACCUAAAACGGCAUCUGUUGGAAGUGAAUUCGAGACUCCUUGACCAAAACAACAUAUUGGCAUUUCACUCGUAUAGGUGCUAUUUAAGCACAUUUUGGAGCACUGUAGGGGAACACUUCAGUCGUAUGGGUGCCAUUUUCUAA